UCAUGUAUAUUGCCAGGGUUAUAGUCGCUUAUUGCCUGCAUGUUGAACUGUUACAAUGAAAUAGAAAGAAAAUGAUGUGUCUGAAAGCUAUUGGGUUUUUUUUUAUUGGACAGUUUUCAUUACAGGGAAUGUCGUAAAAUUAUAUCUGUUAAAUAUAAACCAGUCAUUGGAGUUGGCUGUUUAAGGAAUUACCUGCAUUUGAUUCCUGAUGAUAGAGAAUUAUUGAUAGGUUACUAAGCUUUCAUUGAAGACCUACGCGAGACGGUUAAGGCUGAUAAAUAAUCAAUUGUUGCAGGAACGGUACACAAUGCUAUAAUUAUCUGACGGAAUAAAAACAAGUUCACUUUGAUUAGAUAAAUCAUUGCUGGUCGGGGCUCCAUGCUUAGAAGACCUUGAUUACGUACAGGUCGUGCCACUCCCCCUGGUCUGAUAGGACUACUGGACAAACUGAUAGGACACAAGAGUUCAUGGGCAGCCCAGAAAUUAGACCGCCAACCUCACAUUUCUACUGUGCGUUCAGAAAGAAAUUCCCACCAUGCAAUAAAAACCAUGAGUAGUGUUUCAACAUAACAUCAUGUAAAUGACUCCAGCAAGCUCCUGCGAUGAAUUUCAAUAAUUGAAUAUGCCAAUUUUUGUUGGUUAAUACUGCAUCGCACAAGAGGCUUCUAUUAAGAACUGCUCCAGCACAAAAAAAACACAAAAGGGAGGAAGAAAAUAGUUUUAGGAGUUAUGUUGUGAAUUACUUGUGAGUGCAUUUUGUGAACACAUGCUUUUGCGGCCGGUUGUACGAAUCGGGGCUGCUGAGGAUAGAGGAAUUCUGGGAUUUUACCAAGCGAUGUCCGACUCCGAACAGGAAGGAGGUUGCGUGAAGAAAUCGCGAUUGUCCACUUACAGUGAUGGGGAAGUAGGCAUGAGAACAAUGAACGGUCAGGUCCAAAAAUCGGAGCCAGACCCGGAUGCCAUAAAAAUGUUUGUUGGUCAAAUUCCGCGGUCCAUGGAUGAAAAUGAUCUCCGCAAAAUGUUUGAAGAAUUUGGUGCAGUAUUUCAGCUAAAUGUUUUACGCGACAAAGCCACGGGACAAAGUAAAGGUUGCUGUUUUGUCACAUUUUACACGAGGAAAGCUGCACUCGAUGCACAGAAUGCUUUACACAAUAUCAAAACUAUGAAUGGGAUGCAUCAUCCAAUACAGAUGAAGCCCGCAGACAGUGAAAAAAGAAAUGAGGAAAGAAAGUUAUUUGUUGGGAUGAUUUCCAAAAAGUGUUCAGAGAGUGAUGUCAAAAUGAUGUUUGCCCCAUUCGGUUCCAUAGAAGACUGCACGAUAUUACGGGACCAGAAUGGGCAAAGCCGAGGUUGUGCGUUUGUGACGUAUGCUAACAGACAAUCUGCACUGAAUGCCAUAAAGAACAUGCAUCAUUCGCAGACCAUGGAGGGCUGCUCAUCACCCAUUGUUGUGAAGUUUGCGGAUACACAGAAAGAAAAAGAAGCAAAGAAAAUACAACAGAUCAAUCAAAAUCUGUGGAACAUAUCAGCAGGGGGCGUGACAGGGUUCUCCCCCCAGUACAUCACAUUGUUACAACAGGCAGCAUUGGCUGGGAAUCUGGGACUCCUGAACACAGGAAAUCUUGCCUCGUCAACCACCGGCGGUACUAACCCCCUUGCAAUUCAGCAGUUACUAUUGGCAGCCGCGAGUGCGGCGGCAGCAGGGAAUAAUUCAGGGCUUCUCGCGGCCCUGGCCGCUCUUCAAUCAAACAACAGUGGGGGGAAUGUGUCGUCUCCCUGCCAUACGCCAACCAGUGCUGGCAAUUCCAGCGGAUCAGGGGAGCCGACAUUACCUCUCCAAAAUUUACAGGGACUGGCCGCCCUCACCUCUGCUGCAGGAAACCCAGCAGGUGGUUUAGGUGCCCUGGGAAUGCAGAGCAUUGCAGCACUAAAUCAAAUGGCUGGAGUAACCAACUCCACAGCGACUUCAGUGCAUGCAGCUUUUGCCCCAAAGGGAGUUCCCCCAGGAUCUGUCACGGGCACCUCCCCAACUAACUCUUUGAGUGGCCUGGCCAGUCUCCAGACUCUGGGUAACAAUAGUUUUACCUCCGUGUCCCCCGGGGUCACGUCUAAUGGACUGGGGGGUUCCUCAGCCCCCUCGGGGAUGGAUGCCCUGAGCCAGGCGUACUCCGGGAUCCAGCAAUACGCAGGUUUGUCCAGUUUACUCUCUCCCGCCGGAAAAGCAUCAUUCCCAAAUGCAUUCAACACACAAGCAGCUCAACAGAUACAACAAGCCCAGGCUAACUCACCUGCUGGCAAACAGACAGAAGGCCCAGAUGGAGCAAACUUAUUCAUCUACCACCUCCCCCAAGAAUUCAGCGACCAGGAUCUGAUGCAGACUUUCUUGCCAUUUGGUUCCGUGAUCUCGGCCAAAGUCUUCAUAGACAAACAGACAAACCUUAGUAAAUGUUUUGGUUUUGUGAGCUAUGAUAAUGCCUUGUCGGCGCAGGCAGCCAUACAGGCAAUGAAUGGAUUCCAAAUUGGAAUGAAACGACUUAAAGUUCAGCUGAAGCGACCGAAAAGUGACAGCAAACCUUACUAGCAGGAGGAAUGUAUGAUUUGACGUGUCUGACUGUCUCCACGUGGCGUUUCUACGUGUUACCUAUUUGUCGCUCGUUGUGUGCCCGGAGCUUUGUGUCGGCAGGAGUUAUCUUCCCUUGGCCUCAACCACAGGGACCACUUGUUUAAUUUUUUUUGUCUGUAUUUUGCCUGGUAUGGCCUGUUGGAAACAGGAUGCUAUGAUUUUUUUUUAUUAUUUUGCGUUACUUUUUUUUUUUUUUGUUGACUCAAAUAGUAAUGUGCUUCAUUUUAAUCAGGAUUGUAUACCAAAGAAAUCAUUUAUUUUUUGUAUGUAAUCAAAAAGAAAGCUGUUAAUUUUUUUUUUCAUGACAAUUGUACAUACUAGGGCCGGGAUUGGAGCCAGCUGUAAGUAGUGCUAUGUAUGAGUAGGUUAUUUUGUUUAUUGCUGCAGCAUUGUAAAUGCCAGGACGUACUAUGCCUCAUUUAUCAGCUGAUGUAUGACCCCUGCUAGUCAAUCAUGAUACUCGAUGUGUGACAGGUACUGCAAACGGACCUACCCAUAACCACACUCCACCCCCUCCCCCCCAACCAUAAUAAGUCUAUUGGUAAUGUAGGUAAAAACUAGAGCAGAUUCAUCUCAUUUUCUUCUAUUCCCAUUCUGAACAUCAAUCACAAAGUUUAACAAUCCUUUAAAUAAAUAGAAUUUAUCAUUUUAUGGUAGAAAAUGGCUGUUCUGAAAUGUAGUGAUGUUACAUGGACAUACUGUUAGCAUAUGCACUUGCUUUGGCUUAUGUGUCAACUCUUCAAUUCAGCUAUGGACGCCUCACGUAUCGGUGGUGAUAAUCGAAUAGGAAUUGAACUCUGAAUCUCUGCCUAAGCAGCUUUUUUUUGUUUGCCUGAACAGAUCUAAAGAGUGAACUGUGUACACAGAGCUAGUCAUGAAUGUCAUGGAUUUAUAACUGAAUCGCUCUCUCUUUCCAUCACUCUGAUUUUAGACCUUUCGGGGUGUUACUUUUGCUUCAGUUUGAUAGUGGAUGUGGUUUGUUUGCAGUAUCGAGAACAUUAAUAACCAAUAUUGUUUCUAGAUUUUUGUUACAUCUUCAGUUAAAUGAAAUUUACAAGAUAAGGUUGCUAUUGUUACAGAAACACAAUAGAACUAUUAUUCCCAGAGUUUGAACCAUGAAUGAACAUGGUACGAUUUAUGUAUGUUUGAAUAUGUCAUGUGUUAAGGUCAAUAGGCUACUCCUAGUAACUAGAAGACUAACUAAAGCAAAGAGAAACUCCCUCUCAAUAAAGAUGCACUUGUACAGACUCUUUUGAUUUGUCAUCAGGCAAUUGCUGUCUGUGUUUGUCGUCAGACUUCUUAUUAUCUAGGAGUGGCCUUCUAUGUGCUAAUGUGUGAAAACCUUGAUGUACUAAGGUUGGAAAACCUUGAUGUUACUAAGUUAGGAGAACCCGCGUGUGUCAAGGUUUUUGUUAAACCUUUUUGUACCAAGGUUUCAUAAUCCUUUUGUAUUGGGGUUAUGUGACCUUUCUGAACUAAGGUUUGUGGCCUAUUAGUACUAGGCCGUUAGCUUCGCGGGGAGCAUGUUUAGACCCCCCUUUCUCAGGGCUUAGUCGGUGGUAGUGUGUUAGACUAGAGUCCCUGUGGUUGGGGCGUUGCACAUAUAUGUAUGUAGCUUAUUCAUUUUUACGAGAAACAGAUUUUUAUGGUGAGGUAUUUUGUAUUAAGAAAAGACAGCUAUAUUUUUUUUCCUCUUUGUGGUCAGUGUUUUUGCAGUGUUUAAAGUUUUGUUUUCAAACAAUGUUAUUGUUAUGGUUUUUGUUUGUGAAGGUUUAAAAAAUCAAAAAAGUGUUUAGGACCUUGUUAUUAUGAGGAUAUAUCUUGUUUGUUUUUUUAUGGUUGCACAGUGAGCUGUUUUAAUGUAUUCAACACAUGCAGCAUUUGGGGGGCACAGUCACGUGCCUCCCUAGUUUUGGUUGGGUUGUACUUGUGUCAUUGUCUGAUAUAGAACUCACACUUUAACGGAGUGGACUUCUUUGUUUGAUGUUAACUCUCUUUAACUUACAGACAGUGCUGUAACAAAAUUCAUGUGGAACAUCUUUAUUUUCGUACAAAGUAGAGAGAUUACAAAAUAAAUAGUAUAUACAUAUAUAUAUAUCAUAGAAGCUUUUUGUAUGCUGUCAGUAUUUUCAGCAAUAAUUCAUGUCUAGUACGUGCCUUACUGCGAAUGUGAAGAAAACCUGUCGUAGAUGUCAAGUACAUUAUAUAUAUUUUUGGUUUUAUUUUGUUAAAAGAAAUACACUGUACUCUUUCGAUGUUUCCAUGGAAACUGAAACUCAUCUUGUAUCAUUUCUACGAGGUAAAUAAAGCGUUAGCCACCGGGGAACCAGUUUUUUUUCAGGGUACCAAUCAAAAUAGAGAGAGGGCUUCGUAGAAGGGAACCACAGGGUCAUGACUUGGUAGAUUAUCGUCGAACAGGGUCAAGGACAAAUUAGCAUACCUGCGAAGGUGUCACAAAAAAAUUGCUACUCUUUGUACGUGAGUCCCAGGUGGCUGCUGAUCUUGCCUCGCUAAGACUCAGGUAUCCAUGUUAAGUGUUACAACUCUUUUGUAUUCUGUUCACGUUGAACUAGUCAAGUAUAAAUAAAAUAUUGGACAAAGCUGUUAAAAAAAUAAGCAAAUUCCAUCUAGAGUUAGGGCUAACAUAUUCGGAUGUUAUUCACAAGAAAUCACCCCAGUACAUUUAAUGACGUAGUAUUGAUAUUUAUAUUUGUUUAAAACACGGUGAAUAUUUGAUUUUUAUUGCUCAAAAUCUGUAUUUUUUUUCAUUGUGAGUUUCACUUUUAUGUCUGUAUACUUGUUUGAUGGCGUUUUGAAACUACGAAGGAUGUUAUACAUAUCAUAAGAUUUUAACAUGCCUUGUUAAAUAGAUAUUAAAUAAAGAAAACAACUCAUUUUAUUAAUAUUGCUCACACGUAAAACCAAAUUAGAUUGCCAAAGAAUGUUCAUUAGAAGUUUAUAGCCGCUCCAUGACAUUUGCAUGAAAAAAUAUAGAAAUUUAUAGUAGCAGUUAGGUUUCAGAUCUCGUGUUAAAAUGGCCAUAAAUUAACCAAAAUAACACUAACUCUGAGUCAAGAAAGACGUGUUUGAUGUCUUCGACUACUAGCCAUACAUUAAAACUUAAAAUUACGUUUCAGUAUUACAAUGGACAUCAAAAUCUCACUCGAAAGGCGAAGUAACAGAAAACAAUGUCAGUUCAAAAAGUUUGAAAGAAAAAGAAAUAUAGAAUAUUGUGAAGAUUACUUUUAAAGAUUUUAUUUUUUAUUUCACUGCAAGAAAAUUGUACUCAUUGUCUGUCAUGUGACCAGAACAUCAGUCAUGUGACUGUCACAUGAUCUUGUGUUAGUGUUGUGAUUUGGCUGUGUACAUUAUGAUAUGCCAAUAAACAGUUAAAUAAUAA